AUGCCCCCAUUAGAUCCAGAUCUAUGCAACGAGCAUGACUCCCCGUCCUCCUCCGCUGAACUGUUUUAUGACGCGCCGACGAGCGUGUCGUCGUCUUUGAAGCAUGGAAUUGGUGUGGGGGUUUACUCCAUGGACGGUCCCGGCGACGAUAAUGGAUGUGAAGAGGAACCGGUGGCAGAAUUGCUCUCAGUUGUUCCGUCGUCGGCCAGCGUAACUAGUCCUUCCCCUUCACCUUCGCCCACGCCUUUUCAGCCAACUCGGAACUCCACAGGUGGCAAUGCCGAGUCCGAUUCCGAUACAAGUAUGGAGGAUGAAGGCUGGGAAGAUCAGUUUCCACUAGUGGUAGGAAUCACAAAACACACCCCACAACAAUCGCGGGAUCAGCCAGUAUGUCCAGGGUUCAUCUCACAGCUCACAUGUCCAAAAUCCCGGUACAUUGGCCAUACGCCACCCCUACCUAUUUCGAAAGAGCGACACGUAGUCAAGGAGCUACUCGAGGAACUUUUGAAACAGGAAGAGGGGAAGAAUUUCGAGGGAAAUAGGGAAGGAUCUCCGGACAGUUCAGCUCCUUCUGACGGCCAUUUCGUCGAAUUUGGACUUUCGGAUUUUUCGAUCUACUUGCCCGAUAACAAACAUCACGGCUUCGAGCUACGGCCGCUACAAAAUCUAGUCACCAAGAAGGGCGAAUCCACGUUCUUGUUCGAUGGGAUCUUGAGUUAUGGAUCUGUGAAGCGCUAUGUCCAAAAGGUGCCUUUCGGAACUUGUUCCAUUGGGAAUUAUGGCUUGGAGUCCCACACUGUUGACGGCAACAUAUGGAUCAAAUCAGCCUACAAUUCGAAAACGAGAUCUGAGAUAUACUAUCAUUUAAAAAAGCCGGCGCCCGAGUACGCGCGGUUCCAUGAUGGGUUCCUAUGGCUGGCGAAUUUAGCUAAGCAUUUUGUGGAUUAUAGCCAGCAGUGCGGGGAAAACCAAGUGUCCGUGUUUAAAUUCAGAGAUGACUUCUCUCAGUGGAUCUGUGAGCAUCAUGGGGAAUCACCGGAUUUUCGGGAUUGGUAUCAGCAAUACGGCGGGAGGGAUGAUUUUCGGCAAGCGGUUGCAGUGAACAUUCAAUUUCUGUUUAAAGAGAGCCUUGGUGUGGAUGAAAGCUUAAGAUCGCAACCGAUAUGGUCCGAGUUAAUGGUCAAGGAUGCUAUCCGAAAGCAGCCUAUAGUGGAGGAGAAAACUGUGGUUACUCCGUAUGUGUACGGGUGCUUUAAGGAUCUCCCAUUUGGUUCGCAGCUGAAAAUUGUUGAGCCUGUGGGUGUCUCGAAAUCAGAACACGCUUCUAAAGUGGCACGUCUAAAUCUAACGGAAGGCCACCAGAUACAAGAACACGGUGCUGAGAUCCCGCUAAAAAUGAGAGCUGUCAGAGUUGGUGAUGUGCUGUCCGUGACCAAGGAUGGCACAGGCUCGGUCUGGAAGGAUGAGCCCAGCCGCUACAAGACAGUAGACCAAUGUUGGUACGUCUAUGUCCAAGCAGUCCAUGAAGCAGAGAAUCAAGAGCCCUCGUUCGACGCCAUCUGGCUUUACAAGCCCUCGGACACUUCGUGCGCAAAAAUGAAGUAUCCUUUCGAAAACGAGCUUUUUCUGUCAGAUAACUGCGUUUGCGGAAACCAGAAAAUUACCAGCGAUGAGGUGAUUAAUAUUGAGCCUGUUCUCUGGAAUUGCGGGCCGCCAAAAUCGAACAAUCAGCUCUUUGUUCGGCAGACUUACCUUGAAAAUGAGAGAUUCGUUACGUUGACGGAGGAGCAUAAGAUAUGCAAUCAUCUACGACCCAGGAAUCUAACCUCUACCAUCACCCAACGGUACCCGGCAGGUAUCACCGUUCUUGUACCGGCGUUUCGUCAAAAUAAAUACCGUUUAGAGCCUCAUGAAAUUGUGGAAUAUGCCGAUGACGAUGGAGGAAAAGAAACGGUCGUCUUAAGGCAACUGUUGCGAAGACAGGAAGUAGAUGGGACGGGAAGACCGAACGAACUCGUCUACUCAGCCAAGACUUGUGUCUUGCCGGUCAAGAAGCUGGGCCGAACAUGUCUUGUCCGCUUCUAUACCGAAGCAGAUAUCAUUGCAAAGAAUAUCCCAGCUCCCUACUGCAGAGAUGGUUCAGGGAACGCCUUUUAUAUUACGACUAGACUUGUCGAAUCCGCAACUGGCUCAACUUUAAUCCCUAUCCAGGACGAUCUUCCCGAGAGUCUCACUCAGGGGUUCGACCCUAGAAAGCCACCGAGUCGUAGCCCACUUCGUGGGAUGGACUUGUAUUGCGGAGGUGGGAACUUUGGCAGAGGUCUAGAAGAAGGCGGUGGUGUACGGAACGAGUGGGCUGUGGAUAUUUACGAUGCUGCUAUUCAUACCUACCAUGCCAAUCUUAAGCAUCGGAAGGGCGCGAAGCUGUUUUUUGGCUCUGUCAACGACCUGCUCAUCCAAGCGCUGCGGGGCAAUCCCAGCAAAAGCAACCUGAUCCCUCGUCCUAAGGAUGUGGACUUCAUUUCGGCCGGAAGUCCAUGCCAGGGCUUUAGUAUCCUUAAUUCGAGGAGGGAUAAUGAUAAAGGCCUCCGCAACCAGUCUUUAGUUGCCUCUGUUGCAGCAUACAUCGAUUUCUAUCGCCCGAAAUACGGACUACUGGAAAAUGUGAUGACAAUGGCCCAGAAGGGGUCCCGAAGAGAUCAAGAUGUGCUGUCUCAGCUAAUCUGCGCAAUUGUCGGAAUGGGAUACCAACUCCAGCUAUUCGUGCUAGAUGCGUGGAGUUGCGGAAGCCCACAGUCUCGCAGUCGACUAUUUGUAUCUUUUGCAGCCCCCGGGUUCCAACCUCUAGAGCACCCAGAGCUAUCACAUUCACAUCCCCCACAAGUCAGAGACCGCGGACUCGGCACGCUAGCCAAUGGGCAAUCGUUCGGCGAGCGUCGAAAGGACCUGACCCCUUUCGACUAUGUGACUGCUAAAGCAGGGACAAGACAUCUCCCUAAGAUCGGAGACGGGAAUACGUACCAAUGCACGCCCUUCCCGUAUCAUGUAUCGGCAAGUGGUAUCUCAUCAGAGAUGAAAUCGCAGAUCGACGUAAUCCCGAAAUAUCCUCGCGGCAUGAACUUCGCUAAGACGUGGAAAGAAGGGAAGGGCACUAUGAGCCAUGCCCAGAGAGGUCUUUUCCCGUUCUUGACUAAGGAAGGCAAAGUGCGUUCCGCCGUUCAGUCAAAUUCGCGUGCCUGGGGCCGUGUAAAACCCAACGAAAUAUUCCCUACUAUCGUUGUUACCACUACGGCGUGGGACAGCCGGAUGGGAACGUGCCUGCAUUGGAACGAGGAUAGGUACAUGACGGUUGCGGAAGCACAAGCUGCCCAAGGCUUUCCCGAUGAUGAAGUCCUCGUUGGUGAUCCGCGAGAUUGGUGGAAGAUACUAGGGAACAGUGUGUCCCGGACCGUGUCUCUUGCCUUGGGGUUAUCACUCCGCGAGGCUUGGUUGAAGAAUGGGGACGAUAGUAGUUCGAAAAUGGUGUCUACGAAAGUCCCUACUCCUAUGAAUGGCACUUCAUCAUCAGCUGUCAAAAUUCCUGCGAUAGCUACCAGAGCUUCGCCAAGAGUGUUGCAAAGCACCGACAUUCAGUCAGGGGGGAUCAUUCCCAGGGUGCAGACGUCGGUCAAAGUACAGGUAACGACAGAGUCAUCUAUGGUUUCCAAAGAGUCUCCACCACGGGAUCCGAUGAUAUUGGCUUCUCGAGUGACGACUAUCAAGAUAGAGGAAGGCUUCGAACGUCGGAAUAGCUCACCAAGUGAAACGCGUCAGAUUCUCCCUCGAAAGAGGAGUGGGGUUCCAAACAUUGCGAACGGAAUGAGUUCAAUAAAUGGUAUGGGAUUGAGCAAGGAGCCGCCAAAGUCUUUGAAGAGACCAUACGCAAUGAUGCAAGAGACAAGAGUAUUGCCUCUGGGUUUGACGAGCAGCGUCUCCUCCCGCAUGGGAUCCGAUUCGAACUAUUAUAGCAUGUCGUCGACGAAUUUGUCAAGAGAAAGUAGGAUAUUGCCACCGGAGAGAAGUCACAAAGUCGCAAGAUUGGCCAGUCAUGCAUUUAUAUCUUCGAGCACGGAAGGUGUAAGUUUUCGCGAUGGCGGGGAUGCUGAUGCCGGCGCUGUCAACGCGACGACAAAAAUGGAGCUAGACUGUUUGGUUUCCAAACCAGAGAAUUCCAACAGUCCUGCCACGCCCUUCGAACGUUUAGCCUCUGUAUCCGACACUACAUCUGACGACGAGAUCUGUGCAUUGUCCAACGCAUUCGAGCGAUAUCAAUCAAAAACCCUCCAGGCCCAAAACAGCACAGGAAAAGCUCCAUUCCCAUCACAGCCCAGUCAAAAAGUUCAAGUUGUGAUCAAUCUCAUCUCAGAUGACGAGGGCGCCGAGGCGUCACAGACGAAGAAACCACCCAGGAGAAGUCUGCCAACGCCGAAUCAACAUCGAUCUCUCUCUGCGUUGAGUAAUGGCCGCCUCGCCCCGCAUCCAAGUACUGCCAAUGCGGCCGUAGACAAUUCUUUACGACGAGCAGCCAACUACCGGCGAUCAUCCGCGGCAGGAUAA